CAUCGUCAGUACAGAGACACUCAGACGAUCAGACGGAGCUUCAGCGUCCUCAGACUGAGUCCAGCUACAACACUGCUGCUUCCAGCUGCUGACACUCCAAACACUGAAGAUUCACUCACAGAACAAAUGGCUUCCAGAUCAGAGGAGGAUCUCUGCUGUCCGGUCUGUCAGGACGUCUUCACAGAUCCUGUUCUUCUGUCAUGUAGCCACAGCUUCUGUAGAGACUGUGUGAAGACCUGGUGGAGACAGAAACCAACACACGACUGUCCAGUUUGUAAGAGAAGAUCGUCAAAAGAAGAACCACCUCGUAACCUGGUUUUAAAGAAUCUGUGUGAGUCCUUCCGUCAGCUGAGUUCUCAGAGAUCUUCAGAGUCUCUCUGCAGUUUACACUCUGAGAAACUCAAACUCUUCUGUCUGGAUCAUCAGCAGCCAGUGUGUCUCGUCUGCAGAGAUUCAAAAAAACACUCCAACCACACAUUCAGACCCAUCGAUGAAGCUGCACAAGAACACAGGAAGGAACUUCAGGAAACUCUGAAGCCCUUAAAGGAGAAGCUGAAGGUUUCUGAACAAGUUAAAGUGGAGUUUGAUCAAACAGCAGAACACAUUAAGGUCCAGGCCCGACACACAGAGAGGCAGAUUAAGGAGCAGUUUGAGAAGCUUCACCAGUUUCUGAUAAAGGAAGAGGAGGCCAGGAUGGCUGCACUGAGGGAGGAAGAGGAGCAGAAGACUGGGAUGAUGAAGGAGAAGAUGGAGGCUCUGAGCAGAGAGAUAGCAGAUCUUUCAGACACAGUCAGAGCCACAGAGGAGCAGCUGAGAGCUGAAGACGUCUCAUUCCUGCUAAACUGCAAGGCUGCAGUGGAAAGAGUCCAGCGCUGCCUCCUGCUGGAGGAUCCACAGCUGCUCUCAGGAGCUCUCAUAGACCAGGCCAAACAUGUGGGCAACCUGAGUUUCAACAUCUGGAACAACAUGAAGGACAUGGUCUCCUACACUCCUCUCAUUCUGGACCCAAACACUGCAUGUCCAUGCCUCAUCCUGUCUGAAGAUCUGACCAGUGUGAGAGGAGGAGAUAAACAGCAGCUUCCUGAUAAUCCAGAGAGGUUUGAUUAUUACAUCUCUGUUGUGAGCUCUGAAGGCUUCAACUCAGGAACUCACAGCUGGAAUGUGGAUGUUGGAGACAGUACCUACUGGGCACUGGGUGUUUUAGAAGAGUCUGUCCAGAGGAAGGGAUGGAUAUGGUCUGGAUUAUGGGACAUAGAGUUCAAUGGAGAUCAGUACUGUUCACGGUCACCACUAGAUUCCCUCACUGUUCUCUCAGUGCAGAAGAAGCUCCAGAGGAUCAGAGUGAAUCUGGACUGUAACAGAGGAAAGCUGUCCUUCUCUGAUCUUAAUACUAAAACACUCAUACACACCUUCAAUCACACUUUCACUCAGAGGAUGUUUCCGAUCUUUUUCACUUGGUUGGGUAAAGUAAAGAUUCUACCAGAGAAGGUCUCAGUGACAGUAGGACAGAUCAGCUAAGAGGUAAAGAAGAUGAGAACAUCUCUGAUGAUGUUUUACAGCUGAAAAACUGAUGAAACUGAUAAGACUGUUGUUGUGGAUCUUUUGUACUUUUGUAAUUAUCUGGACAGUGGUUCCAUGGAAGCCACAUUUUAUGCAUUAAAUAGAAAAAGACAAUCUCCGUUUCUAAUCUCUGCCUUUUAUUGAUCCAGUCGGUUUGAUUUCCUCUCUGUGGAAACACUGCCUGCAGUUCAACCUGAAAACUGAAUUUUAUCCUGUUGAUCACACACGAGUCAGUCAUGUGUUUUUUUAGAUCAAAUAUGUAAACAAUGAACUAAAAAUAAAGUGAUUUUGCUGCAACA